GGGGUCUGCCGGCAUGUGGCGGGAGCCUGGCCGGCUGUGAACUCUUCCCGCGAGUCUGGCCGGUGUAAUCCUUCCGAGCCCGCGCGACGGCCUGAUCAAGACUGAUCUCGGUGCGAACUAUGCGGUGAUCGCGGCUGCGGCCUCCGCCGCUGCAGCGCAACUGGCGACGCCCAGAACGGAGACGGAGACGGACAGGACUCUCCAGAUCGCGCGCUCCCUGGUCGGUGACUUUUCAGUGCACGCGUGACCCUCCCCGGCUGCAAGAUGUCGCGCAAGCUGCUCAAGUUCCUCAUCACGUUCGACAACGAAAAUCUGCUAUAUUUUCCGGGCCAGUUCAUCAGUGGACGGGUCCUAAUCGAGCUGGAGGAGGAAACGGCCGUGCAAGGCGUGUUCUUCCACGUGGUGGGCGAGGGUACGGUUAAAGUCAGCGACAACCAGCACCAGAGGCACAUCGACAAGGAGAACUACAUCGACUUUAAGAUGCGCUUGCUCGGGGAGCCCGGUCACGCACCGAUCGUACUGUCGGCCGGCAUCCAUAGCUUCCCGUUCAAGCUGGGCCUGCCACUGGGCGUGCCGUCCACCUUCCUCGGCAAACACGGCUGGGUGCAGUACUUCUGCAAGGCGGCCAUCAAGGAGGACAGCGGCCUCGUCCACAAGAACCAGCAGGUGUUCAUCGUCAUGAACCCCAUCGACCUGAACGUGGAGCCGGCCGUGCUCAAGGAGCCGUUCCACUGCGAGAUCGAGCACAAGCUGGGCCUCAGUUGCUUGACCUCUGGGCCGGUGGUGUGCCGGGUCAAGCUGGACCGGGGCGGCUACGUGCCCGGCGAGAGCAUCGGCAUCUGGGCGAGCAUCAGCAACCAGAGCAAGGUCACCAUUAAGAAAACCACGGCCUGCCUCACCGAGACGAUCCACUACCUGUCGCGUAGCAAGAUCGUCAACACGGAGGUGCGUGAGCUGUCGCGCGUGGCUCGAGGCAAAGUGCGCCCUGGCGACACGGACGACUGGAAGAACGAGCAGCUGCUGGUGCCGCCGCUGCCGCCGUCCAACCUGCGCGGCUGUCAUCUGAUCAAGAUCCAGUACGACGUCUACUUCACCAUCCGGCCCGACAACCUGGAGAAGGAGAUCAAGCUGCAGCUGCCCGUCACCAUCGCCUCCUACCCGUACCGCAACGCCGACGGCACGCUCAAGCGGAAGCGCGGCGCCCACUACCCGACCACGCUGCCCAUGCAGCGGCCCUGGCUGGACAAGAGCAAGCCGGCCGCCUGAGCGCCCGGCGCCGGGCCCAGCCGAGACUUCCCGCACAGCGCCGCCGAUCGGUCACCCCGGCCGGCGGGACCGGCGCUGGACGGGGCCGUGACGUCAGCGGCGGGGGGGGGGGGAAGGGGAGCGCUGGUGGAGCACCGCUAGACAGUGAUGUCAACGCCGGCGGAGCACCGCUAGGCAGUGAUGUCAGUGCCCGUGGAGCACCACUGAGCAGUGAUGCCAGCACCGAGGAGCGCCGGCACAGCGCCGCUGGUCAGCGACGACAGGGGACUGUUGGGCGGCGGUCGCGCUGCCGCCGCAGCCCGACGCGGCGCCAGGGGCUACGACGGACGACUGUCCGAGCCGGCAGCCGCCGCCAGACGUGUCGCCUUACACCUUCUGCGCAGACUCCGUGCGGGCCCGCAGCCGCCGGGCGGCGGACGUGACCUGUAUGCGUGUGUGCACGGUGUUUCAGGCGCUGCAGUCCAGCGGGCCGGCUGAGUCAUGUUUCCUGCCUGCCACGAGGAAUGGACUAACUGAACCGCCGAACACGUGUCAGUAUACCGCCAGGCCGGAAGCUCAGCUGGUGCCUGUGUCAUAUAUCGAGCCCGGGCCUCCCGCGCGCCGCCGAGGUCGUCCGGGCACAGACUCCACUAUGCCCGGUGGCCCGCGUAUUCCGGGGUUCGAUCCCGCCAGAUCCGUCGAUCCGACACGGCCGGGUGACGUGUCCACUGUCCACCACAACCCGGCAGCAAUCGGUCCCAAUGUAUUGAUGAUAGCGCGGCCGACCGUCUGCUCACUAACUGACGCCAACCGUAUCGCUAGGUUAAUAAAUACAUCACUGACCGAGA